CUGGUCCAUGAGGCCCCCGCCCGCAUCCGUACCUCUGUCAGACUCGCAGAUUGGAGUGCCGCGAUGUCGCUUUCCGCUAUGAGAACCCUGAUGGAAUUACAGUCAAACUAAAGAAGGAAAGAACCAUGUCCGAAGUACGAAAAUUCACAAAAAGGUUGAGCAAACCUGGGACGGCUGCGGAGCUCAGACAAAGUGUGUCGGAGGCGGUGAGGACGUCCAUUGCUGUGGAGCAGCCGAAGAUCAUCGAGCCGCUGGACUAUGAGAAUGUGGUGUUCCAGAGGAAAGCUCAAAUCCACAGUGAUCCACAGAGAGACCUGCUGCUGUGGCCAGCUGAUGAUGUAUCAGAGGCACAGAUUGAUCGUCAAAGGAGAACCAGUGUUCCUUCAGUUCCUCAAAAUGCAGAGAAUGAAGCAAAAAGCCUGUUCGCCAAAGAGUGCAUUAAGAUGUACAACACCAACUGGCACGUCAUCAACUAUAAUUACGAGGCCUACUCUGGAGAUUUCCGGACGCUGCCCUGUAAAGGGAUAAAGACGGAAAAGCUUCCCAGCCAAGUGUUUGAGGUGGAUGAGGGGGAGGAGGAUUCGUCAUCUCUUUGCUCUCAGAGAGGAGGAGUAAUGAAGCAGGGCUGGCUGCAGAAGGCCAACAUCAACAGCAGCCUGUCUGUCUCUAUGAAGGUGUUCAAGAGGAGGUAUUUCUACCUUUCUCAACUCCCUGAUGGCUCCUACAUACUGAAUUCAUACAAAGAUGAGAAAAACUACAAAGAAUCAAAAGGCUCCAUCUAUCUGGACUCCUGUAUAGAUGUAGUUCCGUGCUCUAAGAUGCGGCGCAAUUGUUUUGAGCUGAAGAUGCAAGACCGUUACAGUCACUAUCUGGCGGCCGACAGCGAGACGGAGAUGGAGGAUUGGGUGAACACGCUGAAACAGGCCUUACUGGGCACGAUGGAGGACAAGAGGAACGGAUCAGAACCUUCUGAAAGUUCUCUGGAUGACGACAGCAGUAGCCAGGGGAAACCAGAGAACGUUGCGGAGAGCUUUGGCCGGAGUCUUCAUCCAGAGCUAAUGAAGUAUGCCAGAGAAACUGAGCAGCUGAAUAAAAUGAGCAGGAAUGAGGGCCGACAGAAGAUCUUCACCCUCGAUCCUGAGAUGCAGAGAUUAGAUUUCUCAGGCAUCGAGCCUGACGUAAAGCCGUUUGAAGAGCGAUUUGGACGAAGAAUCAUGGUUAGCUGUCAUGACUUGACCUUUAGCCUGCAAGGAUGCAUCAGUGAGAAGAAUGAUGGCGUCCUAACUAAUGUAGAGCCGUUCUUCAUCACCCUAGCGUUGUUUGAUCUGUCCAAAGGCUGUAAGAUCUCUGCAGACUUCCAUGUUGACCUCAACCAACCCUGCGUGAGGGAAAUGCUUCAAGAAGGCUCUCCUGGAGUACCAACAGAACCAGGAGGAGGAGACGGAAAUGAAACAGUCAGAGUAAAUGGACAGGGCCUACCGGUUCUUCAGAGGGUUGCAGAGUCUCUCUUACGCUUCCCCACUCAGGGUAUUUUCUCCGUUACAAACCCUCACACAGACAUCUUCCUGCUGGCACGGGUGGAAAAGGUUUUACAGAACGGCAUUACCCAUUGCGCUGAGCCCUACAUGAAGACUUCAGACAUCAGCAAGACAGUACAGAAAGUCCUGAAGACUGCCAAGCAGACGUGCCAACGGCUAGGCCAGUACCGGAUGCCCUUCGCUUGGGCUGCCAAACAGGUGUUCAAAGAUUCCCAAGGCAGUUUAGACAUGGAUGGGAAGUUCUCUCCACUCUACCGUCAAGACAGUAGCAAGAUAUCCACAGAAGACCUCAUCAAACUGUUGACUGAUCUCAAAAAACCAGAGAAGAACAAACUACAGAUAAUCCCUGGACAAAUUAACAUCACUGUUGAGUGUGUACCUCCAGACUUGUCAAACUCGGUCACAUCGUCUUAUAUUCCUGUGAAGCCAUUUGAGGAACAGUGUGAGAGGGUGUCUGUGGAAGUGGAGGAGUUUGUUCCAGAAGAGGCUAAAUACAACCACCCAUUCACCAUCUACAAGAACCAUCUCUACAUCUAUCCUCAGCAGCUCAAAUACGAUAAUCAGAAGACAUUUGCCAAGGCGCGAAACAUUGCAGUUUGUGUUCAGUUCAAGGAUUCUGAUGAGGAGGGAGCCGGUCCAUUGAAGUGUAUCUACAGCAAGCCAGGUGAUCCGCUUUUCACCACCAGUGCUUUUGCUGCAGUUUUGCAUCACAAUCAGUGUCCAGAGUUUUAUGAUGAGAUUAAAAUCGAGCUUCCUGUUCAUAUCCAUGAGAAGCAUCACAUUCUCUUUACUUUCUACCACAUAAGCUGUGAGCUUGGCAACAAAACCACCACCAAGAAGCGAGAGGGAGUGGAAACACUGGUGGGUUAUUCCUGGACUCCUUUAUUGAAGGAUGGCAGAAUACAGUCCUCAGAGCUACAACUUCCUGUGUCAGCUAAUCUACCAGCUGGUUACUUGUUUGACAAAAGCCAAGACUCAAAGAAGUCUUCCCCAGACAUCAAAUGGGUGGAGAACGCCAAACCAUUAUUCAAAGUGCGAGCGUAUGUAGCAUCAACAAUUUACACUCAGGAUGUGCACCUCCACAAUUUCUUCCAGUAUUGCCAGCUGAUGAGGUCAACAUCACAAGGCAAUCCCGCUGAACUUGUCAAGUACCUAAAGUGCCUACAUGCGGUAGAGACUCAGGUCACCGUCAAGUUCCUCCCUACGGUGCUUAUUCAGCUCUUUGAAGUCCUCACUAUGGCAAGCAAAGAGGGUCAAGAUAUUGCUGUCAACACCACACGUGUAAUCAUUCACAUAGUGUCUCAGUGUCAUGAGGAGGAUCUGGAGCAGUAUCUACGCUCUUUUUUGAAGUACGUGUUUCGGAUCCACAACACAACUUCAGAAAACUCUGUGACGACACAUGAAGUUUUGGCUGCAGCAGUGACUGCCAUCCUCAAACAAACUGCAGACUCGAACACCUGCAACAAACUCCUCAAGUAUUCCUGGUUCUUCUUUGAGACCAUGGCCAAGUCAAUGGCACAGUACCUCCAGGACGGCAACAGAAUGAAAAUGCCGCGAGCACAGAGGUUUCCAGAGUCAUUCCACCAAGCGCUGCAGUCUCUGCUGUUGUCAAUCAUGCCUCACAUCACUAUCCGCUACGUGGAGAUUCCAGAGGAGGCCCGCUGCGUCAACUUCAGCCUGGCCUGCUUCAUUAAGCGCUGCCUAACAUUUAUGAACAGAGGAUUUGCUUUCAGUUUGAUAAAUGACUACAUGUGUGGCUUCAGCCUGAAAGAUCCAAAGGUGCUUACAGAGAUGAAGUUUGAGUUUCUCAUGACGGUGUGCAACCACGAGCACUACAUUCCUCUUAACCUGCCCAUGGCGUUUGGCCGAACCAAGUUGCAGCGAGUCCAGGAUUUAAUUUCGUAUGCAGCGGAGUAUUUCGGCGUUGUAGAUCAGAGUUUGGAGUACAGCCUGACUGAGGACUACUGCAAGAACCAUUUCCUGGUGGGUCUGCUUCUGCGAGAGGUGGCCGAUGGACUCCAAGGCUGUCCAGAGAUCAGACAGCUGGCUGUGGCCGCACUCAAGAACCUCAUGAUCAAACAUGCCAUGGAUGACCGAUACAAUGCUUAUAAGAACCAACAGGCCCGCAUCUGUCUGCUGUACCUGCCACUGUUUGAACUGCUCUACCAGAACCUGAGUCAGAUGAACAGCCCAAGGCAACUCUGUAGAAAUGACCUCGGCAUGAUGUACCGGGAUGAUUUGUCACUGGACAGCCGCAGGAGCAGCACUAUUGUUGAUAAGGAACCUACUGGUGUCGCCGCCCAGAAUGGACAUGUUAGGAAAGGGGAGUCCAGAGGCUCUAUGUAUGGAGAUCCUGGCACUCCAGACAUCAAUGAGUUACACAGGCGCGGCUCCACUAUGAGCACUGGACCCGCCGCUGGCCGUUUGGGGCAGUAUGAGGUCAGAGGACUGCUUCUGUGUUAUCUGCACAUUGUAAGAACUUUGUCAGAUGACACUCUGAUGGCAUACUGGUCUAAAGUCAAUCCACAAGACAUCAUGAACUUCCUCAGUCUGCUCGAGAUCUGCAUAAUCCAGUUCCGCUAUAUGGGCAAGCGAAACAUCAGUCGGAGUCAGGAACCCUGGGUGUCUAAACUCUUCACCCCUGACAGGAAGUCUCAGACCAUGCCGGUUCUGCGUGGCCGAGGAAGUCUUAUGCAAGCAAAGCUGCAACAGUUCAGCACUAUGGACACCUCAUUCACUCUGAACAUGGUUGGAGGUCCCACAGAAGCAGAGACCAACCACCAGUCUUUGCUUGAGGGGAAUAUGUCGACAGAAGCCUGCCUUACCGUGCUGGAUGUCCUCUCACUCUUCACUCAGAGCUUCAAGAAUCAGCUGCUGGACAGUGAUGGUCACAAUGCUCUGAUGACAAAGGUCUUUGACACAUACCUCACUUUACUGAAAGUCGGACAAUCAGAAACAGCGAUCAAACACAUCUUUGCCUCUCUGCGAGCCUUUAUCAUCAAGUUCCAGGUUCCCCUUUUCAAGGGCCGCGUAACGCUGUGCGGUUCGCUGUGUUACGAAGUCUUGAAGUGCUGUAUGUCUAAAUUAUGUGUCCUACGUGGGGAGGCAUCUGCCCUUCUUUACCUACUCAUGAAGAACAAUUUUGAGUACACCAAGAGGAAAAGCUUCCUGCGCAUGCACUUGCAGAUCAUCAUUGCUGUGAGCCAGCUUAUCGCUGAUGUGGCGGUAACCGGCAGCUCACGUUUCCAGGAGUCACUGUCCAUCAUCAACAACUUUGCCAACAGUGAUAAAGUCAUGAAGACCACAACAUUUCCAUCUGAAGUGAAGGGUCUGACGAUGAGAAUUCGUACGGUUUUGAUGGCCACCGCUCAGAUGCGUGAGCACGAAAAAGACCCAGAAAUGCUGCUUGACCUGCAGUACAGUCUCGCCAAAUCAUACGCCAGCACCCCGGAGCUCAGGCGGACCUGGCUAGACAGCAUGGCACGAGCACACAGUAAGAAUGGGGACUUUUCUGAGGCCGCUAUGUGUAAUGUUCAUGUUGCUGCAUUGGUGGCAGAGUAUUUGCACAGGAAAAAGUUGUUCCCGAGUGGACUGGCAGCUUUUAAGAGAAUCACCCACAACAUUGAUGAAGAAGGAGCUAUGAAAGAAGAUGUAGGGAUGCAAGAUGUGUACUACACUGAGGAUGUCCUGGUUGAGCAGUUGGAGGUGUGUGUUGAGAGUCUGUGGAAAGCUGAGAGGUUUGAACUCAUAACACAUAUUGCGAGACUCAUCAUUCCUGUUUACGAGAAACGUCAUGAGUUUGAGAAACUGAAGAAAUUGUAUGAAAAACUGCAGCAAGCUUACGCCAAGAUAUUAGAUGUGAUGCAGUCUGGUCGACGUCUGCUCGGGAGUUACUUUAGAGUUGCCUUUUAUGGACAGGGCUUCUUUGAAGAAGAGGAUGGAAAAGAAUACAUCUACAAAGAGCCAAAGCUCACAAAGCUUCCCGAAAUUUCCCAUCGUCUCAUAGGACUCUAUGGAGAAAAGUUUGGAGCAGAGAAUGUCAAAAUCAUCCAGGACUCCAACAAAGUUAACCAGAAAGAACUGGACCCAAAGUUGGCUUACAUUCAGGUCACGUAUGUCAAGCCUUACUUUGAUGAGAAAGAACUGGUGGAGAGGAAGACGGACUUCGAGAAAUGCCACAACAUUCAGCGCUUUGUCUUUGAGACUCCAUUCACACUAACAGGAAAGAAACAAGGAGGGGUUGAGGAACAGUGCAAGCGGCGGACGAUACUUACCACGGCCAAUACAUUUCCCUAUGUAAAGAAGCGCAUCGAGGUAGUGGCAGAGAAGCACUUGGAGCUUAAACCGAUCGAUGUGGCAAUAGAUGAGAUGAAAGAGAAGAGUACCGAACUCGCGAAGCUCUGCUCCAAUCAGGAGGUUAACAUGAUCACGCUUCAACUCAAACUCCAAGGCUGUGUUAGUGUGCAGGUGAAUGCGGGACCGAUGGCCUAUGCCCGAGCUUUCCUGGAUGAAUCCAAAUCGGGUCAAUCCAGUAAGAAAGUCAAGGAGCUCAAAGAAAUAUUCAGGCAAUUUGUCAAUGCAUGCAGUAUGGCUCUGGACAUUAAUGAGAGACUCAUUAAGGAGGAUCAGUAUGAGUAUCAUGAGGGACUAAAGGCUAACUUCAAAAGCAUGGUUAAAGAACUUUCUGAGAUCAUCCACGAGCCGAUCUUCCAGGAGGAUAUGAUGCGUUCCCUGCUGCAGAACUCUAUUCACGUGUUCCGUGCUAUCAGUGGAACCUCCUCUGACCUGAGCUAGAACCUGAUGCUUGUUCCUGAUUGUUCUGGACUAUCAGCUCUCCAAUCACAACUGAAUGUACAAGUCAAGCAUUCUUUCAGGAAACAAGAAUGUUAGCAUCUUUGCCAUGUUUUACUUGUUGUGUACAGCUAGUUUGUGUACACAUGAAGACAAAAUCGAGCCUAUGUACUUUUUUUAAUGCACAUUCCUGCUCAUAUCGUGUUUGCAUCGGCGUUCCUUCUAGGCUCACAUUACCAAGAGUUUUUUCUUUUUUUUUCAACCUUUACCCUCUGAUCAUUAUGGAAGCUUAUUUACACCACAGAAGAAAAAUAUCAUGCUUUGGACAAUCAUAAUUAGGACAUAAAAUGUCAUAAUUAUGACACAAAAAGUUGAAAUUGUCAUAAAAGUCAUAAUUAUGCAAUAAAAAAAGUCAAAAUUAUGACAUGCCCAUUAUGCGACAUUAUGUAUGGAGCCCCUAAAGGGACAUGGUGAUGGAAAAAAAUGAGAUGGGAAUAAAAAAAAAUAUUUCAAUGCUCUGCGUACUUUUGCAAUAGUUUAGCAUUCCCGAGAAACUUUUGCGUUCCCCUGCGAAACUCGUUCAAAAACGGCAUUCGCUCGCAAAAGCAUUGCCAUAUAAUAUUUCCUCCCAUCUCUGAUUUUUUUCCCAUCACCAUGUCCCUUUAGGUGCUCCGUCAUUAUGAGAUUAAAAAAGUCCCAUAAUUAUAGUGUCAGAAUUUAGAUUUUUUUUUAUUUAUUUUUUUUUUUGCAUAAUUAUGACUUUUUAUUUUACAUAUUUAUUUUACCAAAGCAUGUUUUUUGGGCAUCCGUAGACCAUAUAUUCAACCAUCUCUAUAUGACAACUUUUCAUGAUCCAAUUAAUUAUCGAUGGAUAAAAUCCAUCCAAUGGAUAUCAAUGGAUAAAGCCCAGUUUUCAUUUUAUUUGUCUCAUAUUCUUGGAAUAUGUCACAUUUAAGUAAAAUGUUGUACCGAU